CUGUUCUCUUUCUUCUCCCUCUUUCUCCUCCUCCUUUCCUCUUCGUCUUCUUGCUUUUCUACUCCCUCGUUCCCUCGCACUUCACCCGCUUGUCUUUCUCAUAUCUUUAGUUGGCAGACAACUGCACAUAUACCACACAUACCCUUUCUUUUGCUUCUUCGACCAUUGCCGUGUAUUGUCCGUCAUCCGCACUCCUAAUCGAUCUCUUCCUUAUUCACGUAUAAACACUACACUACACCGCCAGUCUCCCAUCUCCGUGUGCCCUCACUGCAGUCGGCAUCUGUACACAUCCCACUCCCACACACAUUUUAACCACAACAAUAUCCGCAUCAUGAACUCCCCACCAUCACGACCACCCUAUCCACAACACGAAGAGCAGGACAUAUCGCGAGAAACGGGGUACUCUUCCAAUUCGUCACAAAGUCCCCUAGUUCAUCCCCCAGCAGGUACAGGCCUGAAUGAAGUGCGUCGCGUCAACGGAGAACAUAGACACUCUGACGCAUACAGCGAAGCAUAUUCCUCAAAAUCAGAAUACGCCAGAUCCCCCAACGGAGCCUCUGAAAUCGAUCUCUUUGGUCCUCUGCGUGGGCCAGAUGAUGGUCGAUAUACUGGGUAUGCACCAUCUUCAGACGCACUGCUCUCUCUUCUUGAAAGCAAGCGAAGCCCUCUCCCAGGACAGCAGUAUCAGCACGACGGAUCAGCAGACGAUGGAUAUGAGGAAUCCAACGCACCACCACCGAAUCUAUACCCAUCGUGGACUAUCGAGAAGCAAGUGCCCUUGACGCGGGAGGAGAUCGAGGGGAUCAUGCUGGACUUGACACGAAAGUUCGGUUUUCAGGGAGACAACAUGCGCAACCAGUACGAUGCUCUGAUGACGAUGCUGGAUUCAAGAGCCUCCAGAAUGGGACCAGUCCAGGCGCUGACGACUGUCCAUGCGGAUUACAUUGGAGGAGAGCAUGCCAACUAUCGCAAAUGGUACUUUGCAGCGCAGUUAGAUUUGGAUGAUCACAUGGGAUACCAUUCGGCGCCCGGCAAGAACAAGAAAGUGAAUCGCAACUCGAUGGCUCCCCAACCAGGUGCGAUCCACAUCGAGUCUCACGAGAAUCUCGGCAUGGCGGAGGAGCACUGGAAGUCGAGAAUGAACCAGAUGUCACACUUUGAUCGUGCGCGCCAGGUUGCUCUGUAUCUCUUGCUCUGGGGCGAGGCAGCACAGAUCCGCUACUUGCCCGAGUGCCUCUGCUUCAUCUUCAAGUGCGCGGAGGACUACUAUAUGUCGUCCGAAUGCCAGCAGAUGGUGAAUCCAGUACUCGAGGGUGAAUAUCUUCAGAACGUUGUCACGCCCCUGUACCGCUUUAUCCGCGACCAGUCCUACGAAGUCCAGGGAGGGAAAUACGUAAAGCGUGAGAGGGACCACGACACCGUGAUUGGCUACGACGACAUCAACCAGGCCUUCUGGAGCCCCGAGGGCAUCUCACGAAUUCAACUGGAGGACAAGACCCGACUUGUCGACGUCCACAUUGGCAAGAGGUGGGCAGUCCUGAGCCAAGUCAACUGGGAAUCUGCUUUCCGCAAGACCUACAUUGAGAAACGGACCUGGCUCCAUCUGGCUGUCAACUUUACGCGUGUCUGGAUCAUCCAUGUGGUUUCGUUCUGGUAUUUCACUGCCUGGAACGUCAACUUCAUUUACAUGGAAGAGGACGCGGACGAGGAUGGCGUCCAGUUCUCUGUCACCGCUCUCGGUGGAGCCAUUGCCACGUUGUUCAUGCUCCUGGGCGUUGUCUGCGAGUUCAUGUUUAUUCCCUUGACUUGGAGCAAUUCUUCGAUGCUCAUCCGACGCCUGAUUAUCCUGAUCAUCGUUCUCGCUAUCAAUGCUGGCCCCACCCUCUAUAUCUGCAUGUUCAACCGCUCAGGUUCCGUGUCCACGAUCGUCGGCAUUGCCCAGUUCAUCGUCUCCUUGAUCACCACCCUGGUCUUCGCAAUCGUUCCAUCGAACCAACUCUUUAGCGGUUCUAGCAAGACCACGCGCAAAAACCUGGCUUCUCAAACCUUCACGGCCUCUUUUCCCAAGUUGAACCGAUCAGAUCGUGCGCUCUCGCUUUUCCUUUGGAUUCUGGUCUUUACGUGCAAACUGGUCGAGUCAUACUUCUUCCUGUCGAGAUCCUUCAAAGAUCCUCUCAAAGCCCUCUACAACCAGCGCAUCCCCAACUGCAAGGACAAAUUCAUUGGACAAUCUCUGUGUGAGCUCAUGCCCGUUUUCACUGUCAUUGUGAUGUUCUUCGUUGACCUAGUGCUCUUCUUCCUGGAUACAUAUCUUUGGUAUGUCAUCUGGAACACGGUCUUUUCGGUCUUUCAAUCUUUCAAGCUUGGCAUCUCGAUCUGGACACCCUGGCGCAACAUCUUCUCUCGACUGCCCAAGCGCAUCUACGCCAAGCUCCUCGCUACAGCUGACAUGGAUAUCAAGUACAAGCCCAAGGUUCUUUGCUCCCAGAUCUGGAACGCCAUUGUCAUUUCGAUGUACCGCGAACACCUCCUUUCGAUCGAGCACGUCCAGAGGCUGCUUUAUCAGCAAGUUCCGUCCGAGAACGAAAACAAACGGACGCUAAAGGCUCCCACCUUCUUUGUUGCUCAGGAGGACUCUUCACUGCAGGCUGAAUUUUACCCUGCGCACUCGGAAGCCGAGAGACGCAUCACCUUCUUCGCCCAAUCCCUGUCAACGCCCAUCCCUGAGCCAUUGCCCGUUGACCAGAUGCCAACCUUCACAGUCUUGGUUCCUCAUUAUUCUGAAAAGACAUUACUUUCGCUCCGAGAGAUCAUCAGGGAGGAAGACCAGAACACUCGUGUCACCCUACUGGAGUACCUGAAGCAGCUGCACCCAGUCGAGUGGGAUAACUUUGUGAGAGACACGAAGAUCCUGGCUGAGGAAUCGACUAUGUUUGGAAGCGCUACAAGCGGUAUCGGGUUUGCGGGCGACAGCGAGAAGGGUAGCAUUAAGGAGAUGAGCAAAGCUAAGAACGACGACCUUCCAUUCUACUGCAUCGGUUUCAAGUCUGCAGCACCGGAAUAUACUCUCCGCACGCGCAUCUGGGCUUCUUUGCGCGCCCAGACCCUGUACCGCACUGUUUCUGGGUUCAUGAACUACUCAAAGGCCAUCAAGCUGUUGUACCGUGUCGAGAAUCCUGAGAUGGUGCAACAAUUCGGUGGUAAUGGCGAUCGCUUGGAGCGGGAGCUGGAGCAACUGUCGCAGCAAAAGUUCAAGUUCCUAGUCUCAAUGCAGCGCUACACCAAAUUCAAUAAGGAAGAAGCUGAGAAUGCUGAGUUCUUGCUACGUGCCUAUCCUCAACUCCAGAUCACUUAUCUGGAUGAGCGUCCUUCUGAUGUAGAGGGGGAGGAGGCGAUUGUUUACUCUGUUCUCAUUGACGGGCGGUGCGAGAUGAUGCCCGAUGGCAAGCGCAAGCCCCGUUAUCGGAUCCGUCUUCCCGGCAACCCUAUUCUCGGUGACGGCAAGUCCGACAACCAGAACCACGCCAUCAUCUUCACUCGCGGCGAGUAUCUCCAGCUAAUUGAUGCUAAUCAGGAUAACUACUUGGAGGAGGCCCUCAAGAUCCGCAACGUGCUUGGCGAAUUUGAGCAGUACCAUAUCCCUGGUAUCUCUCCUUAUUCGCCUCAGCUCGAGUCCAAGGACGUGCCCGAGCCAGUCGCCAUCGUUGGCGCUCGCGAGUACAUUUUCUCAGAGAAUAUUGGUGUACUGGGAGAUGUCGCCGCAGGCAAGGAACAGUCGUUCGGAACCCUCACGCAGCGUAUGAUGGCCAAGAUCGGCGGCAAACUGCACUAUGGUCAUCCAGAUUUCCUCAAUUUUAUCUACAUGACGACCCGUGGAGGUGUGAGCAAGGCUCAAAAAGGUCUUCAUUUGAACGAGGACAUCUAUGCCGGUAUGACGGCCUUCAGCCGCGGAGGAAGGAUCAAGCACACGGAGUACUACCAGUGCGGAAAAGGACGCGAUCUAGGAUUUGGCUCCAUUCUCAACUUCACUACAAAGAUCGGCACAGGAAUGGGCGAGCAGAUGCUGUCUCGCGAGUACUAUUACAUGGGAACGCAGCUGCCUCUUGACCGCUUCCUAACCUUCUACUAUGCGCAUCCUGGAUUCCAUAUCAACAACAUCUUCAUCAUGCUCUCGCUCCAGCUCUUCCUGUUUUCAAUGCUCUUCAUCGGCGCCAUGGCCUCAUCUGUUGAGGUCUGCACAGACAUGGCUGAGGAUGCCUGCGUGAACCUGGUUCCUGUCUACGACUGGAUCAAGCGCUGUGUGCUCUCCAUUUUCAUCGUCUUCUUCAUCGCAUUCCUGCCCCUGUUCCUGCAAGAGUUCAUGGAGCGUGGAUUUGCCAGAAGUAUCGUCCGUCUGGGCAAGCACUUUAUGUCGCUCUCACCCUUGUUCGAGGUGUUUGUCACGCAAAUCUACGCCAACUCGAUCCUGACCAACCUAUCCUUCGGAGGCGCGCGCUACAUUGGAACAGGACGUGGAUUUGCGACGACAAGGACGCCAUUUGCGCUGCUUUACUCCCGUUUCGCAGGACCUUCGCUCUAUUUAGGAAUGAGGCUGCUGACGAUGUUGGUCUUUGCAUCACUGACCAUGUGGGUUCCACACCUGGUCUACUUCUGGGUCUCCGUUAUGGCAUUGGUCAUCUCGCCCUUCAUCUUCAACCCGCAUCAGUUCUCGUUCACGGACUUUUUUAUUGACUAUCGCGAGUUCCUGAGAUGGCUUUCUCGCGGCAACUCGAGGACUCACGCCUCGUCUUGGAUCUCAUACUGCCGUACUCUCCGUACUCGCAUCACAGGUUACAAGCGGAAGCGACUGGGUCAUCCUUCUGAGAAGUUAGGAGGCGAUAUCCCUCGCGCCAACUUUUUCGUGAUCUUUGUAUCCGAGAUCGUGUUUCCCUUCAUCCAGAUGACGCUCAGUGUGAUUUGCUAUAUGUUCGUCCGAUCUUUCCCCGCUGAUGUCACAGACAACGGCUCCGCAGUUUUCACUAGUGGGUUGCUUCGCGUCGGCGUCUUUGCUCUCGGUCCCCUAGUAGUCAACGCCGGUGUGUUGGCGGCUCUUUUCGGCGUCUCGAUCCUCUUUGGGCCAUUUAUGAAUAUGUGCUGCAUCAAGUUUGGGUCGAUCGUGGCCGCUAUCGCUCACGCAGUUGCUGUGAUCUCCCAGAUCGUGUUCUUUGGAGCCCUCUGGGCCCUCGAGGCUUGGAGCGCAUCCCAUGCGGUUCUCGGUGUCAUUGCGGCGAUCGCCGUCCAGCGAUUCGUCUUCAAGAUCAUGAUCACGUUCUUUCUUACGCGUGAGUUCAAACACGACGAGACGAACAGGGCUUGGUGGACAGGCAAGUGGCACGGACGCGGCCUGGGCUUCCACGCGAUUUCGCAGCCGUUGCGCGAGUAUGUGUGCAAGAUCAUCGAGAUGUCGAUGUUUGCCUGUGACUUUAUCAUGGGCCAUAUUAUCCUGUUCCUCCUGUUCCCGAUCUGUCUGAUCCCAUGGGUCGACCGUUGGCACUCAACUAUGCUGUUUUGGUUGCGCCCGAGCAAACAGAUCCGCCCACCAAUUCUCUCUGCCAAGUUGAGGUCGCAGCGACGCAUGGUUGCAUGGACAUACGGCCUUUUGUUUGCAGUCAUGUUCGUGGUCUUUGUGAUAAUGAUCGCGGGCCCGUUAGUGUUCCGGAAAUACCUUCCUACACACUUGGAGAGAAUCAUUCCCAUCUAA